UCCUUGACGCAUGGCUUCUGACUAUCGUCGAUUUCUCUAUCAGAUCGCAAAUGAUGUCACAGCAAAAGAUCUACAGGGCCUAAAGUUUCUUUGCUGCGGUAUCGAGAUUCCUCGUGCCAUUUGCGAGAACAUCAAUAAUGCGAUGGAGUUCAUAGAUUGCCUCGAACAACGAGGCAUAGUAAGCGAAAGCAACACAGAACGCCUAGAAGAGCUUUUCAAAGAUAUACACAGAAUAGAUGUGGCAGACAAGAUUCGUAAAUACAGAGAGUCCAGGGUCUCUGAAACCAGGAAAGAUGCCACACCUACUAUUGCAGCUGCGUCGCGCCAAGAUUCUACUUGUAUGCAAGCAAGUGAUCACAUUACACAUAACUUCAGAACAGUUGAUCAACCUACCGAAACACACUCAACUUCACGUGAUGACUCUGUGCGUGACGGUGUAGCUCCUCCCACCCCAAGAUCAGAAACUUUUUGUCUUUCACCAGACGCGGUUGCUGACGCUUGUGGAGACUGGAACGGUUUUCGAACCUUGAUACCUCGUUCAUAUCAAACAGAGCUCAGAGACUAUGCAGUUUCGUCGGGAAACUCAAUCAUUUAUGCUCCCUAUCGAUCAGGCAAAUCACUGGUUGCUGCACUAGUUGCAGAGUAUUACUUGGAACGUUGUGAAUUUCCUGAAGACUAUCGUAUUUUGUUUGUCGUUGAUGAAGUCUCUCUGAUCGAUCAGAAGAAAGGAGUGAUGGAAGGGUGGCUGAAGCCAAGAUUCACUUUUCUCAAAACGGCAGGAAUAUCCGGGCAAAGUGCAACAGUGCAGCCACUCGAUGAAUGUAUCAAAGAAUGUCAAUUAGUUGUUUUGACGGCAGGCGUCUUGCACAAUCACUUGGUUGGGAGGGGAGAUUUUGUUGCAAUUCCCUGCUCUUCGUUUCACUUGUUGAUUAUGGAUGAAUGUCACCACACCAGAGACAAACACGUUUACAAUAAAAUUAUGAUGGACUACAUGGCUGCUAAAAGGAAGGGCCAUCACGUGCCGCGUGUCUGUGGCCUCACCUCUUUUAUUCCAACAAAAGCAAAAGGAGAUUUGGAAAAAGCUGUUAAGCACAUUGCCCAGCUCUGUGCCAAUUUGGAUACAAACACGAUUGUACGAGUGACAAAAAAUGUUACAGAACUGAUGGCAUUUACCAAAGCUCCAGACGAGGCAAUCUACAAUAUACCUUCUGUUUCUGCUGACCCCUUUCAUGUCAAAAUUUCCCGGAUAAUAGAGUUUUCAGAAAGGGAAGUUCUGAAAGAGAGUCCACCCUCGAGAACUGUUGACUAUGGAACGUUGGAAUAUCAAAACUGGCUAAACAAGAGAAGACAUGGAAAUGACUCGUGCAUUUGUUGCCUUGUGCAGUUGAAUCAAGCACUGAUCAUAAACAAAGAUGUCACAACCUGUGAAGCUGCUCGUUUCCUUCAAGUUUAUUUGGCAGGCACGAACAGGUCCGAGCUAGAUAGUUCUCAAAAGAACCUACUUGACAGCAUACAACAGGAAGUCGAGUCUGUUGAAGAGUCCUGUCGUAGUCCGAGACUGGAAAGAUUGAGAGAAGUUCUAGUCCAGAUUUACCGUGAUACACCAAAUGUACGAACAGUUCUCUUUACCAAGACUGCAUUUUCUACACUCGCUCUUGUCGACUGGAUCUCUUUUGACGCUGACCUCCAAUUUCUCAAACCAGUCUCUCUGAACGGCUCUGAAACAAGUGAAGAAAAAGAGCUCAUUGUGAAGAAACUGAGAACUGAAUCUAAAGUUGUUGUUUGCAGCACCACAUCCGUGCAAGGUUUGUCCUUGACAGAAUGUCAUGUAGCUGUUCGAUACGGCGUGAUCGAAGAUGAAAUCAGCGUAGCUUACCAGAGUCAAGAUGAUAUUGAACAACACGGUAGUGUACGAGUUUUGGAGGCAGGAACGGUUCACCCAGAAGUCUCAGAAGAGGCUCUAGCACGGUUUUGCAGCUUGUCGCUAGCACAGCGAAGACGAAAAAUUCAAGCCGUCAAUAGGCUUGAACUUGAGAAACAGAAGAAAAUUGAGAAGCCUUUCGUUUCUCUGGACCUCACUAGACUGUGUCUCUACUGCAAGAGUUGUGGGCAGUAUCUGUGCAGAGGAGACUCAGUAAGGAAACUGAAGGGCAUGCACAAGGUCGCUACAGGCCGAGAAUUCAAAGAGCACGCGAUUUGGCCCAAGUCAACGACGGGCAAGAGAAAGUCAGAAAGUAGAGAAACGUAUGCUGUUGAUGAUGUUUCCUUUGUUGGUAAAGUUUCAUGCCGCAGUUGUAGUAGUCAGUUGGGAUCAGUAAUGUUGACAGAUGGAGACCGCUUCCCGGGAAUAAAAUGUGAUAGCUUGCUAUAUUCGUAUGGAGAAUGUGAAGCUCUUUCUGAUGACGUAAAGAAAAUCAACUUUUCCAAAGCCAUGAAAACGUCAUUCACAGAAACGAUUAUUGACCUUAGCAGCAGCUGACUUAAUUGGUUUUAGAAAGAUGACAUAUGCAUGUGAUAAUAUUCAAUAGUUUAAAAUUGUGAAUUGCUAUUUUUAGUGUUGUGGCUGAUAAUUAUAAUGAUGGUGAUGAUAUUGUGCA